AAUUAAGAAUGCCAGGAAUGCCACCGACUCGCACCGAACCGUCAGUGUAUAAACCGUAAACUAAUAUAAACGGAUUGACAUAUCGGUGAAUUUAUGAAUUUUGAGAAUGGCAGUGAAAGAGAAACAAACGGAUGCUUCCACCGAUGAAGUAGAAUGGAAUGUUGAAAAUGAAAUUCAAUUAUUCUUUGCUAUGAACGGGCAUAAACCCGUUGGCAUUAACAAGUAUUUUCACAUGGUCUGUAUAUGGGAAAAAUUUCGCGUUGCCGUUCACAAGGAUGUGUCAUUGAAAUCCAUUUGGGAGCAUUUGGAAUCGAUGUACGAUCUGAUGGCUCUGGAUGACAUGGAGGACCCACCGUUCCCUAAUCAAGAAAUAGAUUUCUGUUUGCCAGAGCAAGAUUUUGGUGGAUUACUCAAAUCAAAAAAAAGAGAUGAAUCAGAUAUUAAGUUGAAAGAACAAAGGGACAAGUAUAAAGAGAUUAAAAAAGAUAAAGAUGUAAAAGAUCCUGCGAAGAAGGAUACAGUCCUUCGCGAUCUGAAAGGGAGUAAAGAUAUUGACAAAAAAAAGGAAGAAUAUAAAAAGUUUGUCAAAGACAUCGAGAUAAAGAAGGACAAGCUUAGAGAUGUUAAAGAUGUCAGGAAGGAUUACAAGUCUUCCAAAGGGCGGUCAAAAGGGAAAGAUGAUUUGGAAGAAGCAUCGAAUGACAAGAAGGAACGCAGGGAUUCUGAUUCUGGCCGUGAGAGCUUGAAAAGGGGACCGAAACGACCGACCAGGCAAAGUAUGGACAGUACCUCCAAAACAUCUUCUAGUCCACGCGAUACACCCCCGCCAAAACGUAGAAGAAUAUAACAAUUAUAAAAAGUUCUUAACAUUCAGAUCACUAGGUCGAUCCUAACAUGAUGGAUGUACAUACAUCUCACAGCUCAUGAAAUGUCCUAUGAUUUAUAUGCAAAAUGUGAAUAUUUUUUUGUACAUGAAUCGUUCAAGUAUUUCUAAGAAACAUGUUUUAUAAAAUAUUGUUACAUUACUGCUGUAAAUACAACAAAGAUGUAAUCUAA